AUGGCUGGAGCUUGUGAGGAGGAAGAGAUCACAUGGGAUGAUGUACAACUAGCCGUGACCAAAAUCAUGACCGUGACUGUAACCUUGACUAUGUUGCACCUGUGGGAGGAGAGCCAGCAAGCUGCUGAGCAGGUGAAAGGGAAGACGCAAUUACUACCCUUUGGACCACCUACAUCUUCUACCUACUCCAGCAAGGGCGAGGCUUCAGAUAGGAACCAGCUCCACUGUGUUCCUCCAACCAAGGAGGCUGUCUGCAGGCUUUUCUCCCGAGAUGAGGAGCACAGUGACCCAGCAGAUCAAGAGAUAGCUGUAAUCCCCUCCACCCCGCAUCCCCUGCCCCUCUCCUCUUCCCCAGCGGGCUCCUUUCCUCCUGGGGUUCCCUCUGGAGCUCCAGUCCCGGGCUCUCCCACCCCCGCCGAGUGCGGAGUCCGGAGACACCUGGGGGCGGGGAGUCCCGGGCAGCGCCGGGCUGGGGAGACGCCGGGGGCACUGCCCGGCGCUAACAAAGGGAGAAGCUGCUGGCCGGCGUGGGUGCCGAGCGGGCGGAGCAGCCGUAGCCUUCCCGGCUUGGGAGCGCUGCAAGUCGGGAAACUGAGGUGGGUGAAGAGAAGAGGGAGCGCAGACGUUACUACUACAAACGCACGUGCGCCCUGCCCAGCUGAGAAGCUGCGAUCUAGCGUUGGGCUACUUGGCCUUCGAGGCCUCCACUCUGCACCGCCCUGGCGGCCAGCGAUGGUAGAACCCAGAAUUCUGUGGUUGGCUUAAA